UUAAUAUACUGUUUUGCGAUGUAAAAAAUUCAGUGGCAGUAAAAUGUACCAUCAAUAAACGUAGAAAUCACCGCACUCAGUUGCUAUCUGCACUCGUGACAUUUAUAUAUCAAUACGGCUGCUGUUACUGGCCGGAAUAUUUUUUUCCUCUUUCUACUAAAGUGAGAAACUGAGAAGUAUCUUUGUCUCGACACUGGCACGGUGUUUGUUUGAAGAAGGUAUGCUAACUAAAGGUGAUAAAUCAAUCAGAUAAACAGCUUUAGCGAUCCGGUAUCUUUGUAUGUAAAAAGUGCACAAACUGCAACGUAAGCACAAAUUUGUUUUCAACUCAACUGUCGAAAACGGCAAAAGGAUGGCACCGACUCAGGUUAACAAAAUAUUGAAGGUUUACAAGUCAAUCGCUCAGCAUCCUACAUUGACCGGUGCUAAAAUCGUUCAGACCUCUGAAAAUGGGACUACGGUACAAAGCAAUUGGACACAGAGGAACCUCGAACGCCAUAACAAGCAGAAAUUUUCUAAAUUCCAUUUUUUAAAUGGAGACUUUCAACUCGCUAACGAGUCCUUUCCAAUCGACGUUACUACGGAACUUGCCUCAACUUUUUCCAAGGAUGGUGAGCGUAGAGCUGUUUUGAGACAAGUUACAGAAGACAAUUCCACAAAGCAGUUUAUCGAAAUCUGGGAGAAACAUUGCGUAGUAAAAAAUUAUGAUCUAGCUGCACUCGAUGUCCACGGAGAAGUGUACACCGAUGCUGAGUUCAGUGCAUUUAAGUGGUCUCCAGAUAAGACUAAGUUGCUGUACAUCGCAGAAAAGAAGGACCCUAAGUCCGAGCCAUUUUAUAAGCAAACAUCUCAAGAUAAAAAAGAAAAGGAAAAGAAAGAUGAAAAUAAAGCAGCACCGGGCAAUGAGUAUUUGUAUAAACCUGACUGGGGAGAACAACUAGUCGGCAAGCAUCACCCGAUUGUAGCAGUGCUUGACACGACUACGGAUUUAAUUAAUGUAUUACCAGGAAUUCCUGAAGACUUGUCACCUGGUCAGGUUUCUUGGACACCUAAUGGGAGUGACGUGGUGGGCGUGACGUUCAAACACGAACCUAGACACUUGGGCCUCGUAGCUUGCACUAACAGAGAUUCUUGGGUAUUCCAUCUUAAAGAUGGCGAAUUUAAGAAACUGUCCGAGAAUGGUAAUGCAGUGCAUUCCCCUCGAUUUAGCCCAGAUGGAAAGUAUUUGAUCUGGCUGGAAAGAGAAGCUGGUGGUUUGCAUCAUAAUUGCCAUAGAUUAAUGGCAAUGACGUGGGAAUCCUCUCCAGGAAAAGUAGAAGUAGUUAUCGACCGUGUUGAAACCCAGACAACUAUCAAUGUAUCAACUAAACAGCAUCUAUCUCAAAAAAACUUCUUUGGUUUGUACAACUACAGUUUGCCAGAACGUUGCUGGAGUAAAGAUUCUCGGUACUUAUUCCUGAGCACUCCUCAGAAAGCUAAUAUACGAUCUUACAUUAUUAACAUAGAAGAAAAAACAGUGAUUGAAAUUGAGAAUGACAGCAGUAGCCUCGUUAUCUUGGAUGUGGUGGAUAGCGUGAUUGCAUUUCUGAGAACAUCUCUUAUCGAGCCUUCGAUACUUCUUCUGGGUCGCUUCGAUCCAGAAAAUGCCCUACUGGGGCAGAUUGCUAGAUUCGAAGUCACCCCACUGAAGCCCCUAGAAAAUUUUAAAGAUAUCCAGUAUGAGCCUGUUGACUAUACAUAUGACAGUUCCGAGGAUGUCAAGACGUUCAACUACAUCUACUUUGGACCAAAGGAUGGAAAAGAGAAAUCGAUUCCCCUAGUGGUGGUGGCUCAUGGUGGUCCGCAUUCUGCCUAUUCCAAUAUCUUCUCCCUGGAUUAUACCCUUAUGAUCUCACUCGGUUUCGGAGUCGUGCAAGUGAAUUACAGAGGCUCAACAGGUAUGGGCCAAAAGACAGUCGAGUACUUACAAGGUAAAGUGGGUGUCAACGAUGUCAAAGAUUGCAUGACAGCCACUCAAGAUGCCCUGAAGAAAUAUCCUUGGCUGGAUCCUGCGAGAAUUGGACUUUAUGGUGGCUCCCAUGGUGGCUUCCUGGUCACUCAUCUCAGUGGACAAUAUUCUGAUAUGUUCAGUGCAGUUGUUGCCAGGAACCCAGUGAUCAACAUCGCAGCAAUGUUUGUCACUUCGGACAUACCAGACUGGUGUGCAUCUGCGAUCGCAAGGCCUUACGAUGAAGUGAAAAAAUCCUUAUCUGGGCCAGCCUGUGAAGAAGUGUUACUGAAGAUGUACAACUGCUCGCCAAUCGUUCAUGUUAAUAAUGUCAAGGCGCCGACAUUGUUGUGCAUUGGGAAAAAUGAUCUUCGAGUCCCACCAUCUCAGGGAAAACUCUGGUAUCACCGUCUAAAGGAAAACAAUGUUAAAACAAAGAUGCUUGUCUAUGAUGACAAUCAUUCAUUGGGCUCGGGGCCAAGUGAGAUCGAUAACAUAAUUAAUGCCAUGAUCUGGCUUAUGGAACACACCAGCUCAGAAACUCAGGCAACAGCCUAAAAAUGUUAUGAAAUUGCAUUUUCCUUUUAGAACUUGUACGCCAAUGUCAAUUACAUAUUUUAUACCAAAUAUACCUGGAUUUUUCACA